UGCUUUGGAUUUUGUUUUGUUUUCGUUUCUUUUCAGCAACAGUUAUAGCAUGAAGUAACGUAGCAUAUUGUUGUGCCUACAAUGGCACCUUCCUACACAGCACAUCAAUUUGGUUUUCCCAACACGAUCGCUGGCUGAAUAUAAUAAUUGCUUUAUGAUGUCAUGCUUUUUACCUCUUCGGGGCGGGGGUAGGGAGGCGAUUGCACUGCCGGCGUCUGUUGUGAAAUAGCUAGUAUCUUGGUUGCAGGUUCAAUUACGUUGCAGAUUGUGGUAUUGUUUGUGAUUCUUGUUUGCUAUUGUGUGCGCGCCUUUGUCUCAUAUCACUGCAGUCCUCUACGUUAGUCCUAAUCAUUUUUGUUGCGUCGUAUUGGGGAUGAUAAUUCGUCAACUGUUUGAUGUGUUCUUGGGUUCAUCUCACAAACAAGGCUCUAUGAAUGUGGCAAUGCUAGUUCGCUACUGUUGAUGAGAAAUCAACCAACCCGAGGAUUCGGGCUACUCAACGUUUCUCAGGAAGCCAAUAUGAGCAUCAUGGCUGGUUGGGUUGCACUCAACUCCUCGUCGUCGAACAAAGGCAAUAUAAAGCAGCUCUGCUGCUUACAUCUGGACCACGUCGACAGUGGCAUUCCUCAGUGGGGACUUGGGACAAUGUUUGAGGGACGGCUUUGCCACAAGAAUGAAGAUUCGGAACACAUAUCCGUUCUAGAUUUGCCUGAGCUCGUGCUGGAGGAAAUUCUGGGGCGGCUUCCUCCCGCUUCUCUCUGUCAAAUGGCUGGUGUAUGCCAAGAUCUGCGGAGACGAUGCCGAAGUGAUCAUCUCUGGAAAACUCUUUUGGAAGAGAAGUGGGCACGAGUCGUCGGCCCCUCGGCUUUUCAGGAGUGGCAGCGUCAGGUGAUUUUGACAGCGGAGCAGGCCCCCCCGGCGGAGCGCCCUCCCCGAAUUUGGGGAUGGCCUCUGUCUUGCUUCUGGCCCUUGAAGUGGCUAAACCUACAGAACCAGACUCCUGCGGUUCCACCCCCAGAUUCUCUCAUGGCCUGGUACUGGGCGUUGGAAAGCGGGAGCUUCUGGUUCCCUGCUCAAGUAUAUAACCGAGAGAAUGGACACGUGGGCUUCAUGCUGUCAUGUUACGAUGCAGAACUGAACUAUGAUCGUCAAACCGAUGCAUUCAAGGCCAGGUACCCACCUCAUGGACAGCGGACAGCAGUAGUGGAAGAAGGGGUCCAAUGGGAGCGUCUUCGCGCUCCACCUGUGGACACACCUGCACAAGUCCUGCAUCAAUCAGACUGUCUGGCUGAUUUGCAACCUGGCGAUCAUGUUGAAGUGCAAUGGCGCAGAAAUAAAGAUUUUCCUUAUGGUUGGUGGUACGGUGUAGUGGGACAUUCUGAGGCUUGUGAAGGAAACACUAGACAUUGUCGCUGUCAUUUUCUUGAUACUGUCUGGUUGGAAUUCAAUCAGUAUAUGGUUGGUUCCCGUUGGCGACGUGCCGCUAUCAACCGCAAAUCUCAUCGGGAGGAGGGAAACGAGGAAGAGGGUUUUUAUGGUGGCAUCAGAAAACUGACGUCACGGGAAGCGAUCGGUACCUGGAAUGACUUGUGGCCAACUGAGGACUUGCAAUAAGUUUGCCUUGACCAUUGCAUUGUAUUUAUAGAAGUGGUUGGAGAUGGGGCGUGUACGUGUAAAGAGCAUCUAAAAAAAGAAAGAAAAAAAAGCACACAAUUGGCCGCCCAAUUCAACAAUCAUGUUUUCAUCAUUUCUUACCAAGAUAGGGUUUCAGGUCAUGAUCAGGGUGGUGCCAUAAUGCUGAAGUGCUUAUGAAGAAGCGCUACUCAUUCUUCUAGGACAGUAUUUUCUUUCAUUGGUAUUGCGUGCUUCAUCAUUCACAGACCCUGUUCAAUCGCGGAACACAUCAUUUGUGUCAUAUUCGAACUAUGAUUGUCCAUGAUUUUAUACCAAUUACAGGGUACAACAUUUGACCAUUCUCAAGGCUAGUUUGAGGUUUCAACUUCCUGAAUUUUUUAUUUUUUUAUUUUUUUACAUUGGAAACAGAAAACCUUUACGUUAGGUGCUAAUGUUUGCAUCUUUUGUAAUUGAUUAUCAUACUGUGCAAUGAGUUUGUCUGCACAA